UUUAAGUUCAACUCUACUUUAAAUUAUGUAAAAAUACUUGUGCGGUGCCUAUUUUGAGAGAGACUUAUAAUUCAUACUCUUAGUAAUAAUUUUUCGUAGAAAUUAGGUUUAAUUAAAUUCAACAUGGACGGAUCUUCAGCAAAGAAAUCUUCUUCUUUUGAAAAAUUGGUAAUUCAAAACAUAGAAAAUGUAAGUGACUUAAAAACAAAACUCAACGAAAUAAUUUCAGAAGGCAGUAAUUAUGAAUACGAUGUUUCAUCCUGUCUUAAGGCCUUAUUGAAAAGUAGCGACCAAGUAAUAGUAUUGCUGACGGUACAAGCGAUAUCAGAACUAGCGAAAUGCGAAAAUAAAAGACAAACAUACGCUGUUAAAGAUGUAAUUGAACCUAUUUUGCUAAUCUUAAAUAAGGAGGUAACUUUAGAAAGAAUAGAUUUAAUAAAACAGUGCUGUAGAGCCCUGGGUAAUUUAUGCUGUGAUUGUGACACAACUAGAAUAUUAUUAAUUGAGAACAAUGGUAUUGAAAUACUUUACAAGAUAAUGGAAACCAGCAUAACUGAUACAAAUAUGCCUUUAAAUGAAAUAAAAUUGCUUACAUGUAAAACAUUGUUAAACUUCGCUAUCGGUGGACAAGAAUACUCAGAAUCAUUAGUGAAAGGAGGCUUAAUUGAAUGCAUUAAACAAAUAUUGUCUAUGGAAUAUAAGAAAGAACAAAUGGAAGAUGAUGUUGUAUCUACAGUAUUAUUAAUACUAAGUGUGAUUAAUGAUAAUGAUCCUGAAUUUCUGUAUGAUGCAAAUGUAAAUACUGCUGUAUUGAAUAUAUUGAAGGAAACCACAAAUAUUGAGGUAUCUGAGUUGUGUUUGGAACAUUUACACACUCAAGCUGAACAUGAUACAGUGAAAACUCUACUUGCUAAUGAAGGAGGUGUGAACUUGGUAUGUCUACGUCUUGAGCAACUUAUGCAAAGGCUUAACUCUGACGAGUUAACUGCUGACGAUAAUGAAGUUGUUACUGUUAUGAAACAAGCUUGCGACCUUAUUAUUAUUGUAUUGACUGGAGAUGAAGCUAUGAACACCCUAUAUAAUAAUGGAAAAGGUGAAGUCUACUUGACUAUGGUACGGUGGUUGGAUUCAAAGAAUUAUCAGCUCCUUACCACAGCUGUACUUGCUAUUGGUAACUUUGCUAGACGGGAUGACUACUGUACACAGAUGAUGGAUAACAAAAUCUUCGAUAAGUUGCUCGAUAUAUUCGAACUGUUCCACGGCUACAGCGUGCGCUCGCAGGCGGAGGGCGCGGCCGGCGCGGAGGGCGCGGUGGGCGCGGAGGGCGCGGAGCGGAGAGGGGAGGUGGACGCGAGCACGGCGUGCCGCCUGCAGCACGCGGCGCUGUCGGCCAUGCGCAACCUCAGCGUGGCGCCGCGCAACAAGCAGGUCGCCGCCCGCACGCGCGCCGCCGCCGUGCUCGUGGCUGCGCUGCCCGUCGUGCGCGACCACCACGUGGCGUACAAGCUCCUGGCCGCCAUUCGCAUGCUCGUCGAUGGACAAGAGAAUGUAGCGCGCGUGCUGGCGGGGAGCGCGGGCGCGCUGCGGGCGGCGGCGCGCUGGGGGGCGGACGCGCACGCGGGCGCGGGGGGGGAGGCGCCGCGGCUGCUGGCGUGGCUCGUGCGCCUCCUGCCCAGAGACUACGCGCUCGAAAACGUCAUCCAGGCAGAAGGCUGUGUCUCAAGUUUGGUGAAUAUGCUCGUAGCAUCUCACUCCGUUAUGCAGAACGAGGCCAUCCUCGCUCUCACUCUACUCGCGAUACACGCGCUCAGGAACACGCCGGAAAAUAUCGAAAUAGAGAAGAGUUUUGUCGCACAGAUAAUAAGUUCGGAAAUAGGUAAGCACGUUUCGGUACUUAUGGAGACGAAUUGCGCCAAAAUGCCGGUAGAAGUAGCAGAGAACCUCGUAGCCUUUCUCGAUAUAACGUCGAAGAACAACACCAUCCUUUCCGAUUACAAGGACGCUAAAGUACACGAAUCCUUAAAAAAACUUGUCGAAGCGAGAAGCGAUUUCAACGACUCACUUAAGUUGUGUAUUGGUAAUAUUAAUACUGUUAUGUCUGAUGAAUAGGGUGGUUUUAAUAUUAGUGUUGCAAACUCCAAUAGUGAUAAUGGUCUAAUGCUUGUCAAAAUUGUUAAAUUCUAAACUUGAACUCCUUUAAAAUAUAUUCUAAACUUCUAAGCUUCAAAAAGACACAAAUUUCGAUAGAGUUGCUUGUAUUUUUACGGGCUUUGAAAAUAGUUGUUAAACGUCUCUGGUUUACUAUUACUAGUUUUAUAGUAAUUUAUUAUAACGAUAAAUACUGAUACAGGAGCGUAUUAUACUAAAAUACUCCUUUUUUUAAUCUUUGAUAGAAUCGAAAGACAAUUAUUUAAAUUUUAUUAUAUAUUUUUAAAUUUUUAAAAUAGAUAAUGUCUGCUGGCAUGCAUUUCAGUGUCUAUUUAUGUAAUACAAAAGUAACAAAAAUAACAAAGGACCUUAACUUGAGUGCCAACAACAUCUGUAUAAAGUUCUUUACAAAAAAUCGCAUAGAUUACAAGAAAAAACAAGCAUUAAUCUUUGUAUAUAAGGUUACUGAAAAAGAGAGGUCAUGAAGCUUCAGGUACUCUCAACUCGGUAACUCCAUUAACAACAACGUAUAAAGUAGUAGUGCUUUCAAUUCGACCAUAAUAAUUUUCGCAAAUUUAAGGAAAACAUAUAUGAAUUUGCAUAUUUCGAUUUUUUUUUAACGAUAACACUAACGCUCGUCACUAGCUAACGUUGGGGGGAAAAUUACUUAAUCUUUGCCUAUUUAUAUAUAACCGAUUUGUGCGUCUAUGCGCGACAAUGGCGAAUAAGUUUUUGCCUUGUGUAAUUACACUGGCUUACAACAGUAAAACAAUACAUUGUUCUGUAUUAGCACAAUAAUUGUCAAAUGGUUGGCACUGGUGGUAGAGCUUUGUGCAAGCUCGUCUGGGUAGGUACCACCCACUCAUCAGAUAUUCUACCGCAAAACAGCAGUACUUGGUAUUGUUGUGUUCCGGUUUGAAUGGUGAGUGAGCCAGUGUAAUUACAGGCACAAGGGACAUAACAUCUUAGUUCCCAAGGUUGGUGGCGCAUUGGUGAUGUAAGCGAUGGUUAACAUUUCUUACAAUGCCAAUGUCUAAGGGCGUUUGGUGACCACUUAGCAUCAGGUGGCCCAUAUGCUCGUCCGCCUUCCUAUUCUAUAAAAAAAAAAAAAAUGACAUACUCACCCAUAUUGCACUCUU